AUAUUGUCAUGUCAAUUUUGUGACGGUGGUGGGUUCAUUGUGCAUCAAUAUUUCAAGAUAUCGUUGUAAUUUUGGAUUUAUUAUUCCCUUGCGGCUAAAGAAAGCCAAGGCGCAGGGUGCAUUUCUGCAUCCGCUGAACCAUGAGCUAUCAGAUACCAUCGUCUCAGAGCCGCACGAUGUCUCACAGCAACUAUGCAGGCUCCGAUGUGCCGAUGGCACCAAGCAAGGAGCAGCAGACCCUUAUGUGGCAGCAGAACUCCUACCUGGUUGACUCUGGUAUCAACUCUGGAGCUGCUACUCAGGUUCCAUCACUCACUGGCAAGGAAGAUGACGAGAUGGAGGGAGAUCAACUUAUGUUUGAUCUGGACCAGGGGUUCGCUCAGGGAUUUACCCAAGAGCAGGUUGAUGAUAUGAACCAGCAGCUAUCCCAGACGCGUUCCCAGCGUGUCCGCGCGGCCAUGUUCCCCGAGACCCUGGAGGAGGGUAUAGAGAUCCCGUCCACUCAGCUCGACCCCGCCCAGCCCACCGCCGUGCAGCGCCUCGCCGAGCCCUCGCAGAUGCUCAAGCAUGCUGUUGUCAACCUCAUCAACUAUCAAGAUGAUGCUGAUCUUGCUACCAGGGCUAUACCAGAGUUGAUCAAGCUGUUGAACGACGAGGAUCAAGUGGUCGUCUCUCAGGCCGCCAUGAUGGUGCACCAGCUCUCCAAGAAGGAGGCUUCUCGCCACGCCAUCAUGAACUCCCCGCAGAUGGUCGCCGCUUUAGUUCGCGCCAUCUCUAACAGCAACGACCUCGAGACUACCAAGGGGGCUGUGGGAACCUUGCACAACUUGUCUCACCACCGUCAAGGUCUACUCGCGAUCUUCAAGAGCGGUGGAAUACCCGCUUUGGUGAAGCUGCUCAGCUCACCGGUCGAGUCUGUGCUCUUCUACGCCAUCACUACUCUCCAUAACUUGCUUCUGCAUCAGGAUGGCUCUAAAAUGGCUGUCCGUCUUGCUGGAGGUCUCCAGAAAAUGGUGGCUCUGCUCCAGAGGAACAAUGUGAAGUUCCUGGCGAUCGUUACUGAUUGUCUGCAGAUCUUGGCCUACGGAAACCAAGAAUCGAAGCUUAUUAUCCUGGCUUCUCAGGGACCUAUCGAACUGGUCCGCAUCAUGCGCUCCUACGACUAUGAAAAGUUGCUGUGGACUACCUCCAGGGUUUUGAAAGUACUGUCGGUCUGCUCAAGCAACAAGCCGGCGAUCGUGGAGGCCGGCGGUAUGCAGGCUCUGGCCAUGCACCUUGGCAACCCCAGCGGUCGCCUUGUGCAGAACUGUCUCUGGACUCUCAGGAAUCUGUCUGAUGCUGCAACCAAGAUUUGCUACCAGGUGGAGGGCUUGGAAGCUCUCCUGCAGAGCCUGGUGCAAGUCCUGGCCUCGACUGACGUCAACAUCGUCACUUGCGCUGCUGGCAUCCUGUCUAACUUGACGUGCAACAAUCAACGUAACAAGGUGACGGUGUGCCAGGCGGGCGGCGUGGACGCGCUGGUGCGCACGGUGGUGUCGGCGGGCGACCGCGAGGAGAUCACCGAGCCCGCCGUGUGCGCGCUGCGCCAUCUCACCUCGCGCCACGUCGACAGCGAGAUGGCGCAGAACGCCGUGCGCCUGCACUACGGGCUGCCGGUGAUAGUGAAGCUGCUGCAGCCGCCGUCCCGCUGGCCGCUGGUGAAGGCGGUGGUGGGGCUGGUGCGCAACCUGGCGCUGUGUCCCGCCAACUACGCGCCGCUAAGGGAACACGGGGCCGUGCAUCAUCUCGUCAGGCUGCUCAUGAGAGCCUUCAACGAUACGCAACGGCAACGCAGCUCGUCGGGCGGCGGCGCGGCGGGCGGCGCGUACGCGGACGGAGUGCGCAUGGAGGAGAUCGUGGAGGGCGCCGUCGGGGCCCUGCACAUACUGGCGCGGGAGAGCCUCAACAGGCAACUCAUACGCCAGCAGAACGUCAUACCCAUAUUCGUGCAGCUGCUCUUCAACGAGAUCGAAAAUAUACAGCGCGUCGCUGCCGGUGUGCUGUGUGAGCUGGCUGUGGAGAAGGAAGGCGCCGAGAUGAUAGAAGCUGAAGGGGCCACAGCCCCGCUCACAGAACUACUGCAUUCUCGAAACGAAGGUUGCUACUCAAGUGUUGCAACAUAUGCAGCUGCAGUACUAUUCCGUAUGUCUGAAGACAAGCCUCAUGACUAUAAGAAGAGACUCUCUAUGGAGCUGACUAACUCUCUAUUCCGUGAUGAUCAUCAGAUGUGGCCCAAUGAUCUUGCCAUGCAACCUGAUUUACAGGAUAUGCUCGGACCAGAGCAGGGCUAUGAAGGGCUGUAUGGAACCAGACCGUCGUUUCAUCAACAAGGCUACGAUCAAAUACCGAUAGACUCAAUGCAGGGCUUAGAGAUCGGUAGCGGCUUCGGCAUGGACAUGGACAUCGGAGAGAGCGAGGGCGCGGGCGCCGCGUCCGCCGACCUGGCCUUCCCCGAGCCCCCGCAUGACAACAACAACGUCGCCGCCUGGUACGACACCGACCUUUAGGUUACAACCCCCCAUCUAUACUAUGACGUAACAGUUCAAUUUAAUUAUAAGAUUAUUACGUAGUUUUGUUUGACGCUGAGUAGAGGUGGCAAAAUCUAAGGGAGAUGUGACUUAGUUGAGCGCGUAUACUGUCAUUGCUCUUCACAGAUAUUGUUCAUCGUUUUUUAACAGUGUCCGUAGUGUUGUGACUGUUCAAUUUUAUAUGUACCGAAGUACGUUUUUUACGAUGUAUUCAGUUAUUUAUGUUUAUGCCACUACAAAACCGGAAAGAAAAACUGUGAUGUAUUUGAAUUAUACCUAAAUGUGUAUAAUUUGCCAGUGCUUUGUCGCUUAUGAUUCUGUGCUUCGCUAAGCCUGUCUUAGCCAAGUCUAGAGACAAAUUGCGACGUUUCAAUUUUUUUGCCAUGUAAUAAUGUGAAAUUGAAUAUUUAAUUGAUGCAACUGAUAUAAAUGUGAUGAAAAAGCAGCUAAGAAUGUAAUCUGACUAACCGUUCCAAACCUUACAAAUGUUGAUUUUAUUUUCAUUGGUGCUAAUUAUUUGCAAAAUUUUUAACAAAAUAUAUUUUAUUGUAUCAAUUUAUUAAGUUUGACUCAAUACUUCAGCGUGAAAACGUCAAAUUAUAGCAAAGUGACACCCGCAUUGGUUAUAUCGCUAUUUUAUACGCGCACGUAUAGAAUGCGUUUAAUCGGACUAUAGGGUACUUUAACACUAAGAUUAAGAUUUUUUUAUAGGCUUUAAAAUCGUAUUUCAUAGAACUUGUAAUUGAAUUAGUAAUGCGCAUUUAAAGUAUUGGAUUUAUUUAAGAAUGAUCGAGAUUUUAAUUUUUUUAUUAUUGUUUUGUUUCGAAUGAAUCAUUAUUUUGAUGAUGUAUAAGACUGUUUGAUUGAGUGAGUCAUGUAUUCGAAGUUUAAUUUUAAUGAUUGACUGCCAUUUUUUUUACCUGCCCUUCGGAACGAGGCCCACUAUAGGAAUGUAUAACGGAGGUAGCCAUGCGUACGAGUUUUUUUAUUGUAGGUUAAGUUUAGUAUUUGUUGAGGAGAAUGUGAUAUUCUCCCAAGUAGUGUAAGUAGUGAGAUUAAGCAUAACAAAAUUUAUGUAUUCAACAUCACGCGGAUUGUCGUCGAACCUCAACUGAUAUGAAUGGAUGCAUGUUUUCUAUUUACAAUUUUGUUAUGAGUGGUACUUAGAUGAAGUACGUAUACAGUUUUUACCAUAAUAUCGGCUCUUUGCACACCCUAUGAUAUACGGAAACUAGAAACGCACUUUUAAACUGUUAGAUGAAUGUAUCUUAGUAUAAUAUAAUCAUUUUAGUGUAAGAUUUAUAAUAAUUUACUUGAUUGUCCACUUCGGAUCCUCGUAUAUAUUUUUUUUCUAUUUGAUAUUCUAAUCGACUUUACAAGUGUUUUUAUAUCGACUCGACUAUGGAGACAUUCGUAAAGUGUCACAAUUUGUGUCCAUUUAUGUAUGGAUAUUAAACUAAAUUUAAUUAAAUAAA